CACCAAGCACCAAAACCAUGGUUGAGAAGCCAAAGAAAGAGAAUGUUGAAAAGAUGGAGCUUGGAAAAUUCACUACCAGCCAACUGUGCCUACAGCACAUGUAGGGGGUGACCAGUCAAAAGGAGACAAUUCCAGCCCCCUAACGUGUAUGAAACCAAAUAUUCAAAAUCCCCUAAUGAAAUUCUCUAUCCAUCAUGAUACUCAGAUAAUUUUCCAACAACUAGAACCAUGGAAAACCCAAGACAUGAGAUAAUUGAGUAGGAAUCUUAAAGAUGAGAAGGGCAAUUGAUGUAGAAAUCGAUCAUUUUAAUCAAGAUGCAAUAAAUUCAAGAUUUGAUCUAUUGAUUUUGUGUUUGAUUGUUGAUUCCACUUUUCAGAAAUUUUAGUUAAGUUGAAUGGUGGUUUCAUGAAUCUUGUAUUUUUAUUCUUUGUCUAUCAGGGGGAAAAAAUAUCCUAUUUGUCUUCUUGAUUAAUUUAUUUCACGAAGGGUCUAAUAAUGAUUUCAUUGAAUGCAACUGGGGAGAAAAUAAUAUUUAAUCUCCUUUGAUUUCAAGAAUCUUGUAUCUUUUUUAAGCUGAGGAGAAAAUACUGAAGAGAGAGAAGGACAUGCUAAGAGAAUCCCAAUCCCAAAGCACUGAACUGAUCAAAAGGCUAGAAUUUGAUAUAAAGUCACUAUUGGAAGCUCGCUUAGAAGACAGAAAAUACAUUCAGGAGUUGGAAACCGAAGUUAGGCACUAUUCUGUGAACAUGGGACACUUGCAUGAUCAACUGAACCUGAGGAGUGUAGAAGCAAAUUGUUUGGGUGAGCAUGUGCACAGCCUUGAGAUGAAGCUAGCAGAGUUUGGAAACUUAAAUGACAAAGUGAAAAAGCUGAGGGAGGAGCUGGAGAAAUCUGAAUCUGAGCGCAUGUUCUUGAUGCAAGAAUUGGAGAACAGAGAAGGGGAGUUGCAUGAUUCAAGAUUGUAUAUUGAGAAACUGGAUGAGUCAAUUUCAUCUAUGGCAUUGGAAUACCAGUGUGAAAUAGAGAGCACGAAGCUUGAUCUGAUCACCUUGGAGCAGAGGUCCUUUGAGGCAAAGAAAUUUCAUGAAGCAACUGACCAAGAAAAAUCUCAGGUGGAUGAGUUAAUGGAAGAGUUUGAAGUCCAGUUUCAGAAUGCCCAGAAAAUGAUUGAAUGUUUGGAGAAGGAGAACAAAGAUUUGAAAGAGAAGCUAGGAGUAACAGAGAGGAAUGCUCAAAUAUUUUGUCAAAAGGUUGGAGAACGCCUUGGAAAAUGGCUGGAAAACAAGAAGAGAUUUAGACACGGUAUUCAAUCUUCUGGGAGUAAGCUGGAGAAUCUGUUUUCUGCAUCAGAAGAUAUGAGCACUUGUGAGGAAGUUUUGGGCCCACUCCUCUCAAAAAUGGCUGUUGUAGCUGCUUUAGAUGAAGAUUUAAAGGAGGAGAUGGAGAAGAUGUCACAUCAGAUCCAUGAAUAUGAGCUUAUUGUGGAGCAGCUCAAGGAAGAACUGAAGGAAGAGAAAUUCAAGGCAAAGGAAGAGGCAGAAGACCUAACUCAGGAAAUGGCCGAGUUGAGGUACCAAAUUAUGGACAUGCUUGAACAAGAGUGCAAACGCCGUGCUUUCAUUGAACAAGUAUCCCUACGAAGAAUAGCUGAGUUAGAGGAACAGGUUCGCAAAGAACAGAGAAAGUCUUCUAUUGCCACCAGUCAACUUCGUGAAAUGCAGAAAUUAGCUGAAUCAAGAUCCAUGGAGGUUUAUGGUGUAGAAAAUGUUUGGGAGGGACUAAGCAUAUAUCCACAGAGAGACGAAGUGUGCAGCUGCGGGAACUGCCCAAUCUCAAGAAAUAUUUCUGUUUCUUGUCAAACAGAAGAGCCUGUUAAAGCCGAGCCUUCUGAAUUGGAUUCAACUGAUGAUUACACUAUCUCUAGAGCAGCCAUAACAUGGCAUUCAAAUGACAAUGAACUAUUACAGAGAGAGAGAGAAAUUCCAAAAACCCAGACAUUGAAACAGAAAUUUGGAUUGAUGCAAUAUGAAUGAAAUUCUGAAAAAAGCAUCUGUCAUGUUGUAGCUGUAUCAUUGGAUC